GACCCAAUGGGGGUGGCCGCGCUGAUGAAGGCGGCGCUGCCGGCGGCCCCCGAGGACCAGGCCCGCCUUGGCAGGUUCCGGCCGUCUGGAUCCGCGCCGGGCAGUGCGACACGGGGCGACCGGAGCGCGACCUUGGCCACGGCAGGCGCUGCCCGCUGACCAGGCCGGAGGGUGGGGGCGGGAAAGGGCCGGAGGCCGCGGGUCGCGUGAAGCACCCUGGGAGACGGAGUCUGGGGGGGCGGUUGAUCGACGCGCAUGCGCGACGGUGUGACGCAGCGUGGACCUCCGAGGAACAGACACUGGCCUCAGGACCUGCUUCAGUCUCUCUGAUGAGGCCCACAGCACUGGGGUUCCCCCACUGCUCUCCCCCAGAAGAUGAGGGACCUGUGCUGGUGAAGCUGGAGGAUUCGGAGGAGGAGGGCGAAUCUGCUCCCUGGGACCCCGGCCCAGAGGCUGCGUGUCGGGACUUUUGGCACUUCCGCUAUGAAGAAGCCGCGGGGCCCCGGGAGGCCCUGGCCCGGCUGCGGGAGCUGUGCCGCCGCUGGCUGCGCCCCGAGCUGCGCUCCAAGGAGCAGAUGCUGGAGCUGCUGGUGCUGGAGCAGUUCCUGGGCGCCCUGCCGCCCGAGAUCCAGGCCUGGGCGCGGGAGCAGCGGCCCGGCAGCCCCGAGGAGGCCGCCGCCCUGGUGGAAGGGCUGCGCCGAGAGCCAGGAGGGCCCCGGAGAUGGGUCACAGUCCGAGUGCAGGGCCGAGAGGUUCUGUCAGAGGACGUGGGGCCCUCCGACGUGCAGGCCCUACACCAGAGCGAGCCUGCCAGCCCAGAACCAGGACCUGAGACGCCUCCUGGAGCCACGCUGGAGUCCCCUCUGGGCCUGCCAGUGAGAGAGAAGCCCACAGUCACAGAGGACCCAGACUCUCUAGACACCGGGGGCCUGGCCAGCACUGACAUGGCGACACUCCUGCCCGAGGAGGCCCAGGCCAGCCAGAUGGCACUGGACCAGACCUCAAUGCAUGAGACGGAGCCUGGGGGACACCUAUGGAGGGAGCACCCUGGGGCCCUGUGGGAGGAGGAUGCUGGAGACAUCUUCUCCUCAGGUGAGCAGCAUGAGGGCAUGCCUGUCCCGCCUGUUCCAGCCUCUGCAGCCCUCACCUCCGCACCUCACCACCUCUGCCCUUCAUUGACCCUGCAGCCCCUCAGCUGCCACCCCCACCCUGGGCCCUGGAGUGCAAGGCCUGAGCCACAUGACCACACCCUCCCCAGCGCCCGGCAUCCUGGGUUCCCAGACUCUAGGCCAGCACCCCAAGUAUGGGGGGCAGCUUGGAUCUAGCGGGGCCACUGACUUAGCAGUGUGAGGGCAGGAGGGACCUGACGUACAUGAAGCGAGAACCUGACAGGAUCCUUGGGUUUGCCAGGCCCCGCCAUCCACCUGCGUCCAUGCCGUCUCUCUGCUGCUGCCCAGGCUCCCAGCCUCCCCUUUCCCCUGCUCCGUGCUCCUUUCUUGCCUUUUCCCCAUCAUCCUAGGGGACCAGUCCUGGGAGCUGCACUGUGGGCUUCUGAGACUGGCCUGUCUGAACCUUGUCUGUCCAGCUCUCAGCAUUAAAGUUCAGACAGAUGAAGACUUUUAUCGACUCAACCUCAGACUUCUC